AUGAUUGAUAUUCAAAAUGAACGUUGCACGUCGGAAAAUGACUGGUUAUUCGGAGAAAUUGGGUUCGAAUCCUUAGAUAUCACUGUAAAUGUAAUAACUUUGACUGAACAUUGGUUGAAAGCUGAUGAAGUAAUACUAGUGGAUAGUUAUAAAGUGGCUUCAACAUUUUCAAGGGUAAAUAAUCAACAUGGAGGCAGCUGUAUACUAGUACGUAACGAUCUCAAGUACACGGAGCUGAUGAAUAUAAAAGACAAAAGUAAAGAAUUUGUUAUUGAAUGUAGUGCUAUAAAAUUAAAUGUACAAAAAGUAACGAUUAUCUGUAUAUACCGAUCACCAAAAUCGGAUAUAGAAGACUUUUUUAACAUUUUAGAGGACAUACUAUUAGAAUGUUCACCGCAAACAUUGAAAACUAAAUUAUUAUUAACUGGUGAUUUAAAUAUAAAUCUAGAAAAUAGAAAUACUAAUACUCUCAGAUUGUUAGAUAUGCUUAACCGACACAAUCUUAGACCAACUAUCAACAAACCAACACGGAUAACUGAAUAUUCCAGCUCACUUAUUGACAAUAUUUAUGUGAACAUAGAAAGUUGUAACAGUGAAGUAAUCAUUUCAACUCUUUCCGAUCAUACAGCGCAGAAGAUAUCUUUUCCAAUAACAACUAUAGAUGGCAACACACAAGUAAAAAUGCUAAAAAAACGUAUAUUUAGCAAUACAAUUCUCUCAGAAAUACAUGCUGAAAUACAUAUAAUUGAUUGGAAUUUUUUAAGUAGCUAUAAAGAGACUGACGAGUUAUAUGACAAGUUCAUAGAUGUAAUACAUAAUUGCAUAAUUAAAAAAUCAGAGAAAAAUUUAAUUAAAAUGAAUGUUAAAUCGGCUACUAAUAAAUGGUUAACAAAAGAAAUAAAAAACAAAACGCGUGUGAAGCGUCAACUAUAUGAAGGAAUGUUAAUGGGUAAAAUUGAUAAAGAAUAUUACAAUAUUUACUCCCGACAUGUUCGAAACGAAAUAGCGAUAUCAAAAAGAACUGUUUUCACCAAUUUUAUAGAAACAGCUAAAAAUAAAGUAAGGGCUACAUGGAAUACCAUCAAUACGCUCAGACAAAAUAAGCAAUCUGAAGAUCUCGAUUUAUGUGAUUUUCAACACAUUAUCUUGCUGAACCUUUAAGUAGUAUUAUAAACCUGUCAUUUGGUUCUGCAACUUAUCCACACCACCUGAAAAGAACCUUAGUAAGGCCAUUGUAUAAAAAAGGUGACAAAUCAGACUUUUCGAAUUAUAGGCCAAUCGCUUUAAUACCUAAUGUUGCGAAGGUUUUUGAAAAGAUAGUACUGAUGAGACUUAAAA